AUGGCGCCCACACUAACAAGAGCAAGGUCGCUGCAAGCGAAUCUUUUCUUGGAUUCGCUCUCUUUUAAAUAUAAUACAUAUGUAUAUUAUAUUAUCAUAGAAGAAUUUGUUGAGGUACAACUCACCAUCCACGAAACAUUAGAAACAAGCAUCUAUACAUCGAUUCCGAAGAAUUUAUUCAUUCAGAUAAGUCUAAUUCUUUUUGCUGUAACAGAUCGCUCGUUAAAGUGA